AUGGCUCCCUCCACAUUCGCAUCCGCUGCCGCGGGCAGCAAUUCCACCGCCAACUCGACGCGUAACGACUCCGGCGGCGAAUGGGCUCGCCGCGCAAACGGCGCAACUCAGACCUUCCGCCGCCCUUCGCACGCCACCUCUCUCUCCAACGCUGCCACCAUCAACGCGUCAAGCCCCGGCGUCUACGUGCCACCGCACCGAAACGGCGCCGCUGCUGUUGAAACUCGAUACCCCAAGGACUCGCUGCUGUCAUUGUUUCGCCAGCUACCUCUGGACUCUGACGAUGGCCUGGACGCACUGUAUGCUGGAGGGUGGGAGCCGCAGUCUUUGAACGGCGCGUCUGGAGGCGCGUGGGGCAGGAGUCACGAGCACGGCAAGGAGAAUCCACCCGGGCCUGACGUAUGCUGGGAUCGAGACGGCUCCAUGCAACCUCUGGGCCUGACGGAGAUGACCGAGGAGGAGAAAGAGGCCUUCACCUCAUCCGUCAAUUCGCCGCUCAAAUUACCCAACCAAAAUGCGAACAAGGAUAACAACGCGAAGGAUGGCCUAGGUCGCAAGACGUCCGUCUCGCACGCCAAUGGCCCAGGAGAAGCCUAUCCUUUCCCUGCAGCAGGCUCCCCAGCCACCAGCAGGUUUCAGCAAGAGUCCAACGCUGCUGUUCCCCCGCCCGCACUUCUGCGCCGACGCACGGACUACAAGGAGCCCGGCGCGGGUCCGGGCACUGGGCAAGAGGAGCGCGACAAAGACAAGGCUCAAGGCGAUGCUGGAAACCCUCCUUUCGGCUUGAAGCGUAGCACUACUGGUCCCUUCAGCGCUGGUCUCUCUGGCCCAUCUUCUCCGUGGAGCGCUGGCCCGCAGAGUGCUGGUUUCUCACCCAUGGGCAGUUUCGGCAACUUUUCACUUGCGGCGAACACGGGGCAAGCCUCCACUCCAACUGACAAGAGACCUGGACUGGCAGCUUUGCGUGGCGAGAGUCGUUUCAAGGGUCUGAUGAACAAGGACAGCUCCGAGGACAUGCAGAAGACUUUGAGGGAGAAGGCAUCCAUGAACAGCCUUGGGAAGGUUCCCGAGAAUGAUCAGGGCAGGCAGACUCCUUCGUGGAUGGAAUCUCGUGCAAACCGUCCCUUGAGCAAUGAUACCGAUCCAUUUCCCGAUGAUGAUAACAUGCGCUCGGGCAGUGCUGCUCUCGGUGGUGGCCAGGACACCAGCCCUCCGCGUCGCCAAAUGACCGGUUUUGGAACCCCGCAGCGCCAGGACUCCAGGGAUGAAAGUGGCUUUUCUGCCUUCGGCAUGACGGCGGAUAACACUGGAUUCAGCAGUUUCCUCCAGAGCCGUGAUGCCUUCCAUCAUCACACUCCUCAGCACCACGGAAAUGAACCUAUGAGUCCAACCGACACAAACCCGUACCAGAGCCCCCAGCAGGACAAGCACGAAUCUGAGGACAUUGAUACGGACGGUUCUGAUAUCCACAACACUACGCUCCCAGGCCUAGGUGGAUUCAUGAACGAUCCUGCCGCCGCUUCAGGCAUGACGCCUUUUGGUGGCAUUGGCAACAUGGGCCGCGUGUCUUCCGCUUAUGAGGCCGCUGCCAGCGACCGUAGCCAGACGUCGAGUGUCGGGCCUAACAGAGGAUUCCCUUCACUUGGAGGCCUUGCAGGGUUGCCGGGACUGGGAGGAUCUGCGGCUUGGACGCCAACUCAACCUGCGGUUGGCACUCCAAGCCGGGAGCGUUUCAACCCGCAGUUCGCUGACAAUUUUGGAUCUGUCGGCGAAAUGCACUCCCCCAGCCUCGCGGGACUUGGUCCUAACAACCUCUAUGGCGCUGGUUUUGGCGCCGGACUGUCGGGUACUGGUUCGAUCGGCCGUGGCAGCAAGCUUGGAUCGCUCUUCCCGACUGCCAUGCAGGAGCAAAUGAGGACCAGCGAGCAGAACCGGUUUGGCGGUGGAGAUGAUGGCUCUGCUGAGGGCGACCGCCAGCCUGGUUCGUUUGCCAGGAACGCCUUUGGCGGUAACGCUGGGCCUCUCAGAGAGACUGACAGUCCCUUCCGAGGCGGCCGCGGCGUAUUUGAUGAGAUGCUGGCCAACAGUCUUCGCAACAACGAUGGAAGCGCCAUGGAAGGCUUGGGCCAGUUUACUGCCAGCAGUGCUGCCGCGCAGACGCCUACUCUCGCCACGACUCAACAGCAGGGACCCAUCGGUCAUGUCCCCCAGGGAAUUCCCGGUCAGCCUCCGAACGUCAGCAGCUCUGCUUCCAACCAGCCGCCAGCUGCCCAGCAGCGUACUAUGGUCAUGCCUGAUCGGAUGAGAUGGGUGUACCGUGAUCCGUCGGGCAAGGCGCAGGGUCCUUGGACUGGUCUUGAGAUGCACGACUGGUUCAAGGCCGGCUUCUUCUCCCCGGAACUGUUGGUCAAGAAGGAGGAAGACCCAGAGUACGAGCCGCUUGCUCAGCUCAUCCGCCGGAUUGGCAACUCUCGCGAGCCCUUCCUUGUCCCUCAGAUCGGCAUUCCUCACGGCCCGCCGUCUACUCAGCCUGGAAACGCGUGGGCUAACACCGGGCUCACUGCCGGUGCCCAACCCCCGUUCCCGAACAGCUUCCCCAGCUUUGGAACUACGUUGACUGCUGAGCAGCAGAAUGCUCUGGAGCGUCGUAAGCAGGAAGAACAGUACCUCAUGGCGCGACAGAAGGAGCAUCUCGCCCAGCAGCAGGUUAUUGUCAAGCAAAUGCAGAUGGGCAUGCAUCCGCACCAGCUUCACCACCACUCUAGUGCCCACAGCCUGCACAGCCAGCCCAGCUUCGGCAGCAUCGCUUCUCCUGGCGGUUACCAGCCGUCGCCUACCCAGGGCCCUCUGCCUGGCAUGGCGGGUUUCUUUGACAAUUCCUUUCGUCCCGGCCCGGCCUCCGGUCUAUCGCCGAUAGGUGCCGGGGUGGAGGGCCUAGGAAGUUCGAGGGAGGAGUUGCCAGCCAUGUUGGACCGCAUGAACUUUGGCCGAGCUGGCCAGAUGCCUUUCGGUGCCGCCCCUGGCUCGUUCGGCUCUCCGCAGCAGGAUGGUACUCACGCCCAGCAGGUUGCUAACAUGUUGAACGACCGGGCUCGCCUCCACCGUGAGCAGAGCGACCAUGAUUCUCAAAUCAAGGACGAUGAAGGCCACAUGGCGGAGCAAUCUGCCGAUCGUCUUCAGCAGUUCAAGGAUCUCAGGGAGGAGCACGACAGGGAAGCGGCUGCGGCUGCUGCCGAGACUGCUGUGAACACUGUUGAGGAGCAAGAAAACCAGCAGCCCCUUCAGCAAGAGGAGAGGGAGGAGCCGUCCACCCCUGCUCAAACCGCUGCUCAAACCGUCAAGGAGACCGAAACCCCAUCGAAGCCUUCCGAGCCGCUCUCCCUGACUGAGCAAGUCAAGGCUGCCUCCGCCAAGCAGACACCGGCUCCCCAGUCUCCAUGGGCCAAGGUCGACACUUCCAUGCCCAUGCCCUUCCCUCCGCCUCAGUCUGGCUCUCCUCUCCCGGCGCCAGCGGCCCAGAGAAAGCAGAACCUCGCCGAUGCACUUCACCAGGAGACCCGUUCCCGCUCUCAGACCCCUUCGGUCGACACUCCUAGUGCUUCCAUUGCUCCUUGGGCCAAGGAAACUGUUGAGGCACCCAAGGGUCCCUCUCUCAAGGAAAUCCAAGAGGCAGAGGCCAAGCAGCGUGAGGAGGCCGAGGCUGCUGCUCAGGCGGCUCGUGCUGAGGCCCAGCGCAGAGAACUGCUCGCUAUGGCUGAGCAGGCCCAGCCCCAGCCUAGCCUUCCCUCAAGUGCCACCUGGGCUAGCAGUGCCUCGCCGGUCAAUGCACCUGGUACGCCAUCUGCCUGGUCCAAGGCAACCGUUGCCAAGACUCCCAACUCUGCCGGUCCCGUUAAGAAGACGCUGCAGCAGAUUCAGAAGGAAGAGGAGGCGCGCAAGCAGAAAGCUGCUGCUGCCGCCGCCGCCAGUGCUGCUAGUGCCGCCGCUGCUGCUGCUACCACUGCCAGCUUGUCCCAGGCUGUGAGCGGAGGCAAGCGCUACGCUGACCUCGCGAGCAAGCAGACUCCGGUUGCGGGCAACGCUCCCGGCGGUGCCUGGACCACGGUGGGCGCGAGUGGAAAGAUCAAGACGCCUGCUCCGGCUGCUGCUCCUGCUUCCCCCGCCGCUACCCGCACUGCCAGUGCUGGAAGCAUUUCGGCUAUCAAGCCCAAGCCGGCCGCCGCUCCCCGUACCCCAGCUCAGGCUGCUCCACCGUCCGGCACUCUCGAUGCCAAGGAAGAGUUCAAGAAGUGGGCUGCCAACGAGCUCAGGAAUGACCUCGUGGGCGAUACUGAUCCCAACGAGUUCGUCAGCAACAUGCUCAGCUUCCCCAGUGAUCUCGACAUUGUUACCGAGGCAGUUCACUCUGUGUCCCGCACCAUUGAUUCUCGCCACUUCGCUCAGGAGUUCAUCCGCCGCCGUAAGCUCGCCGACAAGGGCAUCAUCGAGAACUCUGGCACCUCCAGCCCUGGUCCGGCUAACGGCUCCGGUGGCUGGAGCGAGGUCGCGAAGAAGGGCUCUUCCACCGCCAGCGCUGCUCAGACCAGUGCGGCGAAGGAGGAUCUUGCUUUCAAGGUUGUCGCUGCGAAGAAGAAGGGCGGCAGGAAAUAG